AUGACGCAUCGCUUUGUGGACAUCAAGCCCAAUUGUGGCUGUCAUAUCGAGAGAGCCCUCUUUCGUGACGAGAGCUAUAUCUACAUUACAGGAGCGGAAAAACAGUCUGACUCUCCUUCAGGGAAAAGUUACAUCACUUAUCAUAUUCGUAUUGGUGAUAUUGAAACAAGACGUCGCUACAGUGAAUUUGAAUCCUUUAGAAAAGCUUUAACAUUACUUCAUCCUGCACUUAUCGUACCGCCUAUACCCGAAAAGCAUUCUCUAGUGGACUAUGCAGCUUUACAAACAAGAGUCAAAGACGACUUGCCCAUGAUUGAGAAAAGAAAACGCAUGUUACAAACGUUCCUGAAUAGAGUAGCGAAACACCCAGAGUUGGGUCGGGACCAUGUGUUUCAUCGCUUUUUGGAGAAUAGUGUGAACUGGGCAGAUGUACUUCAGUCUCCACCUCUUUCUACUUUACCAAAAGAUCCCCUACGCAUGAUCCAGCAGCAGCUUCAAACGCAUACCUAUAGUCCAAUACUGUCCAGUAAUUUGAUACCAACCCCUUCUGCAGCCUAUCAACUAAAGAAUCCAGACCCACGCUUUGAGGAAACAGAAAAGUUUACUUUCAGAAUAGCCAACUACAUGAGUAAUAAUUUGGACAAAAGUCAACGUAAAGUGAUACGCAGAUUAGGAGAGCUGGCCAAUGAUUAUGCAGAAUUGGGAGCUGUCUACAAUGGAUUUAGUUUGAAUGAAACAGGUGCGGUAGCCAAUGCCAUUGAAAAAAUUGGACAAGCAGUGGAUGCUUCCUAUACAGAAACAGCGCAAAUGGUCACUUCAUUGGAAGGUGAAUUUGCUGAACCCAUCCAAGAACAUGCUCAGUUUGCUCAAAUCAUCAAAGAAGUCCUGAAAUUCCGACAUUUGAAACAUGCCCAGGUCGAGUUGAUUGAAAAUGCCCUGAAUAACAAAAAAGAAACCCUGGACAAUCUGCAAAGUAUGGAAAACGAAGCAAGACGAUUGGAAGAAGCCAUGACACGCGAAAGAACCAUGAGCGGCCUACAGGCCGCCGCUGUCGACGAGACAGAGGGAAUGGGACAAUCCAUAGCAGAAGAGCAGCAGCAGGCCGACAAUCCACAGAGCAGCCGUCAGCAACGUGAUCCUUAUUCCACACUUGCCCAGCCACCGCGACGAACCACCCGUACUAGCUGGACAGGUGCGCCGAUGAAGGUCAUCAGUGCUGUUGGCCAUACCUUACAAAACAUGAUUGAUGUCAACCCCGAAGCAACACGCCGCAACCAAAUAGGCAUGUCGAAAGAUGCCAUCGCUGUUUUGCAAAAAGCACUCGACAUCAGUCGAAAGGAUUUAGGCGGCAUCUCUUCAGAGCUUCAAGCGGAUAUCGAUCGUUUUCAAAAGGAAAAAAUUCAAAAUAUGCGCGACAUGUUGAUAGCUUAUGCUAAAAUUCACAUUCGAUAUUGCCAAAAGAAUCUGGAAUGCUGGCAAGAAGCCCGUGCCGAAGUCGACAAGAUACCAAUUUAA